UUUGUACAUGAAUUUUGGUGGGAGUGGAGGGGCACUGCAUGCACAGUCCUGUGUCUCUUCCUAUGAGGGGGUGGCAAUCAUCCCUAAACAUACAAGCUGUCUCUUUUGUAAUUUGACUCUACGAAUGAGGUUCAGCUAAACCAGGUAAUCAGUAACCGGACUGGAUCAUCCGAUGAGACAAGAGGUGGUGUGAUUCUGCUUCUCCCCACCCAAAAAAACAGGUUGCAGACUGCAAACUUUUUGUUCUUGUCCAGGGUCCCACCAUGAUCCUCAGUGCCCCCAUCUUGGUUUAUACUUGCUGUUUGUUGCUCGGUCCGGUCCGGACGGCAGCUGACGAGGGCGAUUACGGAGAAGAGAUGGUCCUCAGCCUUGCCUUGGAAGAAGAUGCCCAUGUCGAAACGGAGAAGAAGACAACUCCAGGGGUUUUCCUCUGGAGCAAUAAGGAUGCCUGGAGAUUGUCCGGCCAGUACGUGGUGGUUUUAAAAGAAAAUGUUCACAGGUCCCAGACAGAAAGAGUGAUCCAUCGGCUGCAGACCAGAGCGGCAAAACAUGGCUACCUGACAAAAAUUGUCUAUAUUUUCCAUGAACUGUUUCGAGGGUUUGUCAUAAAGAUGAGCGGUGAUCUCCUGGAGAUGGCCCUGAAGCUGCCACAUGUAGAUUACAUUGAGGAGGACGCCUAUGUAUUUGGCCAGAGUGUGCCCUGGAACCUCGACAGGAUUGUGCCCGCUCCGCAUGUAGCCAACCACUUCAACCCGCCAAACACAGGGGAGUCAGUGGAGGUGUAUCUCUUAGACACCAGUAUACAGAGCAACCAUAGGGAAAUUGAAGGGAAGGUUCACGUUACAGAAUUUGAGAACGUUCCUGAGGAAGAUGGGACUAGGUUCUAUCGGCAGGCCAGUAAAUGUGAGAGCCAUGGCACCCACUUGGCUGGUGUACUGAAUGGAAGAGAUGCUGGUGUGGCUAAAGGUGUAAAUCUGCGCAGCCUACGAGUAUUGAACUGUCAGGGUAAAGGGACAGUGAGUGGAAGCCUGAUGGGUCUGGAGUAUAUAAAGAAAACACUGAAUGAGAAGCCAUACAGCCCCCUGAUUAUUCUCAUCCCCUUUGUUGGAGGGUACAGCCAAACACUCAAUAUGGCCAGUCGGAUGCUUAUUAAAUCUGGGGUUAUAAUCAUUGCCGCUGCUGGAAAUUACAAGGACGAUGCUUGUCUGUAUUCACCAGCUUCAGAACCAGAGGUUAUUACGGUUGGCGCCACCAACUAUGAAGACCAACCGGUAACAAUGGGAGCUCUUGGCACUAAUUUUGGCAAUUGUGUUGAUAUGUUUGCUCCUGGAGAUGAUAUCGUUGGUGCAUCCAGUGACUGCAGUACUUGCUUUACAUCCAAGAGCGGAACUUCUCAAGCAGCCGCACACGUGGCAGGUAUUGCAGCAAUGAUCCUGAACGGAAAGCCAGACCUAACGGUGACAGAACUAAGGCAGAGGCUCAUUCACUUUUCUACCAAGAACACCAUUAACGAAGCCUGGUUCCCUGACGACCAGCGGCUCAUCACCCCUAACAGGGUGGCUGGAUUACCUGCAAAACUCGUUAAUGAUGAGCAGCUUCUAUGUCGGACAGUUUGGUCAAAACCAUCUGGCUUUGCCCGUACAGCAACCGCCGUAGUGAAGUGCACCGGAAGUGAGGAAAUGUUCAGCUGCUCCAGUUUUUCUAAAAAUGGCAAAAGAAAAGGGGAACAGGUGGAGGAUAAGGACGGUAAAAAAAUCUGCACCGCACACAAUGCCUUUGGUGGAGAAGGAGUCUAUGCGAUUGCUAGAUGUUGCAUUUGGCCAAAAGCAAGCUGCAGUGUUAAUGCAAGCUCCUCCGACGAUGCAAACACAAUGUCCGCUGCCGGUUGCACACAGGAGGACCAUGUUCUGACCGGUUGCAGUUCCCAUUCUCUAAGUGGCCAUUUCAGUGAUCAUGUGAGGCCCGUGCACAACACCGGAGACAGAGACCCUGCAUGCAUUGGGAAAAGUGAGAUCACUUCUCAUGCCUUGUGUUGUCAUGCUCCAAGCAUCUCCUGCAGAGUGAAGGAACAUUCUCCUGUGGGCUUCACAGAUAAGGUGACAGUGUCUUGUGACGAUGGCUGGACCCUGACUGGCUGUAACGCGUACUCCCGUGGAUCGAACAGCCUUGGCGCUUAUCCUGUUGAUAACACGUGUGUCAUUUUUAACCGAAAAGGUGGUAAAGGGGCGGCAGCCAUCGCUAUUUGUUGCAAGAAUGCAAAUACAGUAGACAGUCAGAACUCUAAUUAUAGGUGAAAGCAUUUCGUGUCUGGCGUGCUAACAGCAUUUUGUAUAUAACAUUUAUAUUUUUUUUUUAUA